GGAGGGGGUUGCGCAUGGAGUGCCCGAAGGGCUGGGGGUACUUUCGAACUCCGGGAGCUAUCAUGCAACCAGCUGAGAUGUGGUCUAUAUUUGAGGCUGCCCAGAAUGCCGCUUUAAUGGAUGGACUUUGCCUUGUCACUGAGUCAUCAAAGGAUGUGUUCUCUGUUGCAGUUUCUGUGCCUAAUGGACCAGAUCGAUCCUGUGGUGUCUUGGAGGUGUCAGACCGGAUGUAUUGCUCUGCCUGCCUGAAGGCGUUUGACAGUAGAGAGGAGCAGACUGAGCAUUAUCGCCUAGACUGGCAUCGCUUCAACCUAAAGCAGCGACUGCUGGACCGCUCAAUGCUCACAGCUGAAGAAUUUGAGGCAAAGACUCAAACGGGUGAUGUCUCCAGCAUCUCAGGUUCUGAUUCCAGUGAUCCUGACUCGGACAGUGGUUCUGACCUACUGUCCUACCAGGACAGUGAAGGCAGAAAGAGCAGCUGUCAGAGACCCUCACCAUAUCCACGUUCUCAGCGGGUCCUUUUUAGAAAUUCCCAAGGGCAGCUCAUCUCGGUCUAUCGAUGUGUAUUGAACACUACGAAGGACAAUGUUGAAGACCCUGGAGAACUGGUGGCUUCCCUUCAGCGGCAGAGCCCAGGCAGCUCCUGGGUUAUCCUGAUGGCUGGUGGGGGACACUUUGCAGGAGCUGUCUUUAAGGGGAAUGAAGUACUGGUGCACAAGACUUUCCACAGGUACACAGUGCGAGCCCGCCGAGGUACAUCCCAAGGUGUGCGGGAUGCUCAGGGAUUUAUGUCAAAAUCUGCUGGGGCCUCCCUAAGGCGCUACAAUGAGGCUGCCUUGCUUAAGGAUAUACAGGAGCUGUUGGCCAGCUGGACAGAGCAUUUACGAGACGCAGAGCGCAUCUUCCUUCGUGCACCUCGCUCCAACCGAGCUCGCUUCUUUGGAAGUAGAAAUGGCCCUCUUCAGCAAAAUGAUCCUCGAAUCCGAGGCAUUCCUUUCAGCACCCGGCGAGCUACCUUUCAUGAGGUGCAGCGGGUGCAUGGAGCUCUGAGCGGUCUGCAAGUUUAUGGAAAGGAUACAGCAGUGGAAGAUCUCAUUGGUUCGCCUCGCAAGAUCUGGAGAAAAAUAGCUGAUCAGGAUGAAGCAUCUCCACAGCCACAGCAUCAAGCCACUGGAUCAGAAGAGGAUGAAGAAAAAGAGGGACAAGGAAGUCCGUUAUAUCAGUUGGAGUCUGUGGAAGUCAUGCUGAGUACCCUGGAACUACGUGAGUUUGAAGUGGCACCAAAACGGAAUCGGAAGAAAAGAAGGAAAAAACCAAAAGCCCUGACAGAAUCUUGCAGUGAGACUUCAAGAAGUAUUGAAGAGUCUGAGACUUUGUUGUCCAACAGAGAAGAAUCAGUUGAAAUGCAGAAGUGGCUGGAGCCUCAAGGAGCCCCCAGCACACCAGUGCAGGAUGUCUUGUUCACAGCUUGCAAGACAGGAGACCUGGAAACACUACAGCACUUUUUGGGAACGGCUGAUGGGGCACCACAGGAGGGAGAAGAGGGUAGUAGCAGCAACUUGCAGCAUUUGCUGAGUUCACCCCUGGAUGAGAGUGGCUGGACUCUUUUGCAUGUGGCUGCAGCAGCAGGGAGGAGUGCUGUUGUGCGGUUGCUGUUACAGGCUGGGGCUGACCCUGCUCUCAGGGACAAGCAGGAACAGCCACCAUACUGUGUGUCUGCUGAUAAGCAAACUCGUAAUGAGUUCCGUAGAUUCAUGGGAGAACAACCUGAGAAAUAUGAUUACGUCCAGGCCCAGGUGCCUGGACCACUAACAGCUCAAAUGGAAGCCAAGCAGGCAGAGCGUCGCCGAGCACACAAGGCCCAGCGGAAACAACGUGAGAAAGAAGAACAAGAAUCACGGCAGCUGCUGGAGCAAGAAGAGAAUGAAAAAAGGCGCUUUGCCCUGUUGAGUGACCGUGAAAAGCGAGCUCUAGCGGCGGAGAGGAGACUUGCUGCACAAUUAAAAGAUUCCACUGCAACUUUGACAAUUACCAGACGCUGUUGGCUGUGUGGUGAGUCGCUGCUGGGCCGCAUUCCUUUUCAUUAUCUUGACUUCUCCUUCUGCUCAACAAGCUGUCUACAGGCACAUCGACGAGGGAAGUCUGCCCAGUCUUAGUUUAGGGCAGGGCAGAGGAAGCAUUCUGCAACGUCUCUACGAGCUGCUGUUUCCACUUAUCCCUUCAGCAGAUGAAGCUAUCUAAGAAAACAACCAUUCCUUGUCAGAGGGGACUGUUCUUCUAUGAGGCACCAAAUGGGAUAUUUCAAGUUCUUCCUGUGGAAGGAGUAUAGGCACCU